AUGUUUGCGCUGCUGAUCGUCAAAUUCCUGACGGUGAUCAAGAACGGUAAUUCAACCAGCGUGCCGGCAGGUCGAGACAACGACUCGACCUCGCCUUUGCCCUUGGAGGGCAGGCACGCCGAAGAAAUAGCCAACUCCACUGGCCUCAAAAUGAGCAGCAUGGACUCAGCAGGCAACGCCCGCGGUCCUUCCUGUAGUUUAGUCAGCUCUAUUCUUCCUAGUAGCUGUCGAGGUAGUGCGGAAGCAUUCGCCCGGUGUCUUAAUCGACGAUUGAAAUCAUUGGGUAACGAGAAUGGUUCACCUGAACGAAUCAUGGAUGCCGCCAAACCGUCCGAGACCUCUUGGCUACAUCCUUCAUCGAGCAAUCGGCACGUAAUUAUCAAUAAUCAGCAUCCAAUCCUUCAACAUCAACCACGUCAUAAUCCAGAAUCGGAUCUAUUCUACGACAUUGAAGUGGAAGAGGCGGAAGUAGACGGACCGGGAUCGCCUCCCGAAGAAGCAACCGCCGCUGAAUUGGCACAUAUGCUGGUGAACCCGGAGAUUCUGAAGGCGAGUCAUCACGACGCCUGUCAUUGCUCGCCUAGCGGAACCAAGAUGACAUCUGGUAUCACAAGUGUCCAUCAAGAUCCUGAGACCUAUGUGUUUGCAUCCCCAAUAACCGGUACACCACCCGAUAGUGAUUCCUCAGAGAUGUUUUUUGAUCCAGAAUCCUCGGACGCUGACAAAUCGAAAGCAGAAAUCUAUUUUGAUCCUAUUAGCACUUCGGACAGUGAGGUCAUGAAUCUCUCUAACACUUCCGUCCCCGCGAGGACCAAGCUCGCGUUGAACGGACGCAAGCGAAUGAAUAUGAAUCCAGAACGCUGCGACGAUACAACAUCCGAGUCGAGUUGUUCCUUGAGAAGAAAUCCUACGUCUUGCGAGAAGCGGCAAGAGGGAUUGGUCUGUAGCUCGGAAGAUUCAUUGAAUGGUAGAAGCUCUCAAGAAACGACAUCGCCUAGUCAUGAAUCUCUAUGGAGCACGUUCGACGACAGUACUGUAUCGCUGCAGGAUGAGAGUCCACUCAGAAUUAUUCAGGAUUCUGUUAUUCCUCGUCUCUGUUUGCCUAAAUCGCAUUCUGACUCUGAGUUACCGAAUAAUGGUAUCAGCACAAUAGUAUUUAACAAACUUGAUAGACGGGACGAGAAAGAGGAGGAGGGGGAGGAGGAGAACGUGGAAUCGAAUAAACAUAAGAUCGAUGAGGUUGACGCUAUCAUUGGUAUAUAUACAAAGAAUGUGACGUGCGAUGUUAGGAAUGGUAGUCCUUUCACGACACAAAAUGUCGAAAAUGAUAGAGAUCUAACGAAAGAUGAUUCUUUUAAUAGUACUGAAGACUUAAUUAAUAUGAUUGAGGAUAAGAACAAGGAAGAAUUGGAUUCUGAAACAAUCUCGUUAAAGAGCUUGUCUCAAUUAAAAGUGGAAGAGGUUACCAGUGAUACUGAUACCGAUCAUUCAUCUUAUAGUAGUACCAUUGAUAUUUCGGAUGCGUUUACAUUGGAAUGUUCGAACGAUGCAACAGUAACUGAGGAGAUCUCGAGGAACGAGAAGUUAAAAAUCGAAAAGAACAUUGCGUUAAACGACAGCGGCGAAGAGAAGCUGUGCCUGUUACUGAAGAAACUUGGUAGCAGUUCUACCGCGAAAGAGGAAGAGGAGGAGGAUUUAUCGCCGGAACAAGAAACCCAAAGCGAGAUGGUGGAGGAAGAGGAAGAUAGACCACAACGAGUUCGAAGGUGUUCCUCACUGAAGACAGGAAAAACGCCACCGGGCACGCCGCACAGAAAGAAGAUUGUCAGAUUCGCGGACAAGCUUGGUCUCGAUUUGGCCGAUGUGAGAACGUUCUUGGAUGAGAUACCAAAGAUACCCAACUCUGCAUAUAGCGACCUGAUCUACGAUGACAUCUUUCGACCACAGGACAACGAUUCAGACAACACAGCAUCCAUCAAUGACGAUUGGUGUGAACAUUAUCAGAAUGAUGGCAGGCGUAGAUCUAUGUCAGCGAUACCCAGAAAGAUCGACCGAAUGCUAGUGCCGCUUUUCCAACAGCCAGGCGGUAUGUCGAACUUUCUUGAUAUGGUGCGCGAACGUCGGGUUUGUUUGGAAAACGUGGUAGUACAGGAUCCGGUAACCCUGGCGAUCCAAGGUACAGUGCGCGUAAUCAAUCUCGAUUUCCAUAAGUCUGUACAUGUGCGGUACACCCUCAAUUCGUGGCGGAACUUUAGCGACCUGCAAGCAAUCUAUGUGCCUAACUCGUGUGAUGGCUUCAGCGACAAAUUCUCUUUUAUUCUGUAUUGUCACACGUUACCGGUUGGUCAGAGACUUGAGUUUGCAAUCCGAUUCCAAUGUAAAGGUGUACAACAUUGGGAUAACAAUGCUGGUGCCAAUUACUGCUUCCAGUGUCUACCAGCCUCAUCAACAACCGGAUAUAUACCGAUUACCAUCGACGAAUGUCGGCGCGGAAGCUGGUCGACAAUGUUUUAUUGAUGAAUCUAGAAUUCUAGAUUGCGCGUUUGUCCAUCCGAUUCGACGUAACAACGGCUUGGC